CAGUUUGUCAGUCGUUCCAGCAGGUGACGCUGUGAAAUAACAGCGUUAAGGUGGAAGUCUUCAGAGGUAAAGCCGCUCCAGUUUGAUUGGAGGAAGUAAUACAUCAACAAAGAAAGAUGGCUGAAGUGAUAGAGCUGCAGAAACUGAAGCUUGCUGAACUGAGGCAGGAGUGUGAGGCCCGAGGUCUGGACACUAAAGGAAACAAAGGAGAACUCAUUGCCCGACUGCAAGCCUAUCUGGAGGAGCACGAAGAAGAUGUGGACGUAGAUGAUGUGCUGGCAGAGGAUGCAGAGGACUUCACUAAAGUUGAGAGUGCAGACGAUGUAAAAGUCGACAAGGAUUCAGAGUCUGCUGCCAACGAACCCAUUGAAAAGAAGGUGGUGAAAAUAACUCCUCCAUCUUCUGCCAGUGAAAGACUACAGAAGAGAGCUGAACGUUUCAACUUGCCCGCGUCAGCUGAUAGCAAAAAGGCCAUGCGUGCAGCAAGGUUUGGCAUACCAGUGGAAGCUUCCAGUCCCUCCCCAGGCGUCGUUGCGAACAGUAAAGCUGCUGUGAACAUCGAUCAGCUGAAGAAGAGAGCAGAAAGAUUCGGCAUGAACGUCUCAUCUGUUUCACAAAAGAUUGAAGAGAACGAAAAGCUGAAACGGAGGAAGGAGAGGUUUGGGGUCUUAACAAGUGCAGGUUCAGCCGGUGCAGCUGACGUCGAGGCAAAGAAAAUGAAGCGAGCUGAAAGAUUUGGAAUUGCUUGAAUGAUGUUUUAGUUUGUUUUUUUGUUUGUUUUUUUUUUUUUUUGGUAAAGCUUUUUCAUGACUGCACAAGAGACUCCUGAAGACAACAAAUAUUUGAUAAUAGGAUUCUUGUAAAUCAAAAGUAUAAUUAAAAACACAGAUAAAAAGGUGAGUUACAGACAGAGUCAGUCAGUGGAUAAUCUGGCCAUCAGAAAUGAUCCCAGUCCAUUUGAACGACUCCCUUAUUUGUGUUUCGUGUUGUUUAGUUGUACUUUUGGUGUGUCGAGAGCCUGUUAUUUUCUUUUAUGGGAUCCCAUUGAUGCACUGCUUCAGUUAUUAAUCCGUUUUAUAACAUUUUGUGGUUUAAAAUAAAUAGUUUUCAGGUUUUUGAUA